AUGGAUCCUGCCCAAACUUCUUUGGAUGCAUCUGUUUCGAUGAUCAAGAAGUCUUUGAUCGUUGGGUUGUAUAAUUUUGGAUUUGAGAAAUCCUUGUUCAGAAACUUUAAUCUAUUUACAAAACUAUUCCUAAAACGUAACACUAACCCUAAUUAUCUAACUCAGUCUCUCACUCGCCACUCGGUCUCUCUCCCACUCGCGAUUUGUUGCGCCUCCGCCCUCCAUCACUCUCGACUCUGGUCGCCUGAAACGCUGAGCUCCUCUUGUGAGCUUUCCGGUUGUCGUCGCCUGAGCUUCCGCCUCCAUCAUCGCCGUGCUCUCUCUUCGUCCGCCUCUUCUCUCUCUCGGUUGUCUUCGCCUGAGCUUCUCCCUCGUCGCCUUGCGCUUCUCCCUCGUCGCCUUGCGCUUCUGUCUUCUCCCUCGCCGUCUGUCUUCGCCGCUUCUGUUCGACCAUUUUCUUUCUCUCCCUCGAGUUUAACGAUGAAUCAACAAUCAGGCAUGUUCACCGUUCAUCAAACUGUCGGCAGCGUUCUGUGCUGCAAGUGCGGUGUUCCCAUGGCACCGAACGCCGCCAAUAUGUGCGUUACUUGUCUCCGUUCUGAAGUCGACAUCACAGAAGGAUUGCAGAAACAGGUUCUGAUAAUCCAUUGCCCCGAGUGCGAUUGUUAUUUGCAGCCACCAAAAACUUGGCUCAAAGCUCAAUGGGAAUCGAAGGAACUCUUGACUUUCUGCGUCAAGAGGCUGAAGAAUCUGAAUAAGGUGAGGUUGGUUCACGCUGAAUUCGUUUGGACAGAGCCUCAUUCCAAGAGGAUCAAGGUUAAGCUGAGAGUUCAGAAAGAAGUUCUCAACGGUGCGGUUCUUGAGCAAGCUUACGUUGUCGAAUACACGGUAAGAGACCAGAUGUGUGACCCGUGCUCUAGAAUUCAGGCUAACCCGGAUCAAUGGAUUGCCUCGGUUCAGCUCCGGCAGCACGUUCCUCACCGACGGACCUUCUUCUAUCUAGAACAGCUGAUACUGAAACACGAUGCAGCUUCUCGGGCCAUCAGAAUACAACAGGUGGAUCAGGGUAUUGAUUUUUUCUUUGGGAACAGGAGUCAUGCCGUUAACUUUGUGGACUUUCUGCGUAAACUUGUUCCGGUUGAUUAUCGCCAUGACAAGAGUCUGGUCUCUCAUGAUUCCAAGAGCAACAACUACAACUACAAGUACACUUUCUCCGUUGAGAUCUGUCCCAUUUGCCGCGAGGAUCUUGUCUGCUUGCCACAAAAAGUGGCCAGCAGUUUGGGAAACCUUGGCCCGAUCGUGAUUUGCACUAAGGUAUCCGACAGUAUCACUCUUCUCGAUCCUAUAACCUUACGGCAUGCUUUCUUGGAUGCAAAACAGUAUUGGAGAUACAGGUUUAGAUCCGCACUCACCAGCAGACAGCUCGUGAAGUACUUUGUCUUCGAUGUGGAACCUCCAGUUGGGGAAGUAACUGCCGGUGGAACAAAGUAUGCUCUGUCCUAUGCCCAGGUGGCUCGUGAAUCGGACAUCGGUCACAUCUUUUACAUCCCAACACAUCUAGGCCAUAUCUUGAAACCUGGGGAUCAAGCUCUGGGCUAUGAUCUCUAUGCGGCUAACGUGAAUGACAAUGAGCUGGAGAAGCACGGGAUGACCGGCUCACUUCCCGAGGUGAUCCUGAUCAAGAAGAGCUACGAGGAGCAGAGGGAAAGGAAAAAGAAUAAGCCUCGUUCAUGGAAGCUCAAGUCGCUGCCGAUGGAAACCAGUGAUCCUAGAGGCAGAGGCGAUGAAGAGAAGAUAAGCAAGGAAUACGAAGAGUUCUUGAGGGAUCUUGAGGAGAAUCCGGAACUUAGGUUUAACGUAUCCUUGUACCGGGACAAGGAUUAUCAGCCCUCUGAAACGACUUCUAUGACCGACGGGGAAGGUGCUCCUUCUGUCCCGAUCGAAGAGUUGCUGGUAGAUCUCAAGCUCAGCGACGAGGAAGAGGAAGAAGAAGACGAGUAUGAGGAGGAUAUGGAGGAAUAGUUUUUGUCUUGAAUUUGUCCGUUACAGUUGAAGAAUCAAUUCAGUUUGGUCCCUUAUAGUUAUAGUUUCUAUAAGAGUUAUAUUCUACAUUUAUGUCGUGUCGUGUAAGAGAAUUCAGGCCAGUUUCCAUCUCUAUGUUUUGGUGACCUUA